ACGGAGUGAGUGAGAGUGUAAGGAAAGAAACAGAGUGUAAGGUAGGGAAAAGGGGUAGCCAUGCCCAACCAGCAUAGCAGAGUCAAUCGUUGUGAUCUGAUUUGAAGCCUUUGAAUUGAAAUUGAAUGAACGGUGGAAUUGAAGUGAAGAAUCUUUCUGCAUUUUGGAAGUGAAGAAGAAGAAGAAGAAGAAGAGAUGAGUCAGGGUCAAGGUCAGGGCCAGGGAGGAGGAUCACAUUCCCUUGCGUUUCGUGUGAUGCGUCUCUGCCGCCCUUCCUUCAACGUCGACCCUCCCCUCCGCCUCGACCUCACCGACAUCUUCGUCGGCGAGGACCUUUUCGACGAUCCUUCCGCCGCCCCCGCCCCCUCUCUUUACGCCGGCGCCAACGACAACUCCGAUCCCAACUACCGCGACCGCUUCCUCCUCCACCACUUCUCAGACGCCAUGGGCCUCUCUGGCCUCCUCGUUCUGCCUCAGUCAUUCGGAGCUAUUUAUUUGGGAGAGACUUUCUGCAGCUAUAUAAGUAUUAACAACAGCUCCAAUUUUGAAGUCAGAGAAGUCAUUAUCAAGGCUGAAAUUCAAACAGAAAGACAGAGAAUACUUCUUUUAGACACAUCAAAAUCACCAGUUGAAUCUAUCCGUGCUGGUGGGCGUUAUGAUUUUAUUGUAGAACAUGAUGUGAAAGAGCUUGGGCCUCACACGCUUGUCUGCACUGCAUUGUAUAAUGAUGGUGAUGGUGAGCGUAAAUAUCUUCCCCAAUUUUUCAAGUUCAUUGUUGCUAAUCCACUUUCCGUUAGAACAAAGGUCCGUGUUAUCAAGGAAACUACCUUUCUGGAAGCUUGUAUUGAAAACCAUACAAAAUCAAACCUUUUCAUGGACCAAGUUGAUUUUGAACCUGCUCAGCAUUAUAGCGCAACAGUUCUUAAAGGUGAUGGGCACCAUUCUGAGAAAGAUAGUCCUACAAGGGAGACAUUUAAGCCACCAAUACUGAUUAGAUCUGGUGGAGGAAUUUACAACUAUCUCUAUCAACUGACAACACCAUCAGAUGGUUUGGCUCAAACAAAAGCUGAAGGAAGUAACGUUCUUGGUAAACUCCAGAUAACAUGGCGAACAAAUUUGGGUGAACCUGGUCGCCUGCAAACCCAACAAAUAUUGGGGACUCCAGCAACAAAGAAGGAAAUUGAGUUGCAGGUUGUAGAGGUUCCAUCUAUAAUUAACCUUCAAGAACCGUUUAGGAUAAAGCUGAAUCUUACAAAUCAGACUGAUAAAGAGCUGGGUCCAUUUGAAGUAAACUUAUCUCAAAAUGGUUCGUAUGGGGAGAGAGUAGUUACGAUUAGUGGCCUUCAAUCAAUGGUUUUAUCUCAGAUUCAGGCUUUAGGAUCAACAGAUUUCCACCUGAAUCUCAUAGCUACUAAACCUGGAAUUCAGAGAAUAUCGGGAAUUACUGUUUUUGAUACUAGGGAGAUGAAAUCUUAUGAACCACUUCCUGAUUUAGAGAUUUUUGUGGACACGGAUUAAAUUGUGGCUAUUCCAGUUUGGUCAGAAGUGGUUAACAGUAACUUUGGUCCGAGUAAUGCGCCUAAUAUCAGACCUACCAAGUUCCCAAUUGGCGAUUCUCUUCCAGUUAGGGCCAAUGAAUCCUUCAUGAUCAUCAAAGCUUUAUUGGACUAAUUACAAGGUGCUGUAACUAAAUUGGAGUAGUGAGUGGUUGAUUAUUUGAUGAGAGAAUCACCAAGUCCGUAUUUUUAUUGGUUCAAGAGGCUCGGUUAUUUUGAUUAUUAUUGAAAACCAAUCCAUUGUUACGAUGCAGUUAUCCAACAUCAUUUCCUGUAGAUGGUCUACUUUGCAGUUUUAUACUAAUGUAUCUUAAGUACUGUGAAUUAUGCUAAUUAUUAAAAGACUAAAAUUUAUUAUGGAACUGCAUUA